AGCAGCAGCUGCAAGCGGCGAGCAGACGCCAAGCCGACGACGACAACCACAUCUGCGUGUAUGUGUACGUUCAUUGUCGCGAUGGGAUGCCGCUGGUUUGGCGUCGUCAAAAGAUGAGCUCAGGCGAGGACGAGAAGAAAGUCCCACGAGAUGCGCUAGCAAAACAAUAACAGGUGUCAAAGCGAAAAGAUCUCGCGACUGAGCGACAAUGGCGAGCUUCGCAAGUUACUCAGGUAGACCACCGACGAUGCUCGAGCAGCUGCUCGAGGAAAUCAACUUCCAGAGGACCAAGGAAAUGAGGCAGCUGCUCAAGGACGAUUCCGGAUUUGUUAUGUUGCAAGGAACAACCUAUUGGACAGAUCUGUUUGUGCGGCAUUUUUUAUUUCAAGCGGAAAAUACAAUCGACGGUGACGACCUCUUAUUCUUCGUGCGUAAAAAGCACAUCAAAACGUCGUCGAAAUACUUGCCGAAAUUCGAAACAGAGGUUGAUGUAUUUCGCAAAGAUAGUAAAAAACUACCAAUCGGCGAUCCGGACAUCGAUUGGGAAGAGACGGUCUACCUCAAUCUCGUUGUGCACCAAUUCGAUUAUACCCUUACACUCGCUAUUUGCACUAGGACUAGCCCUAAGGAAUUGCAAGUAUUAAGGAGACACUCGCAAAAAGUUUACGCGAGUCCAAGUCGUCGUCGGAUGGAUGCAAAAGGAGACCUUGAGGAGAUGACGUAUCCGCACAUCUGCUUCAUGGUAGAUAACUUUGACGAAGUAUUCUGUGAUAUCCUAGUCAGAGACGGGGAGAUGGUAUGCGUAGAACUUGUUGCCUCGGAUCGCGAAGGUGCAGUUCAGGGCGUCAUUUUUCUCGGCUCUAUUAGAUACGAUGCACUCAAAAAAGUUUACGAUGCCAGGUCGAGUCUGAGCACAAAAAUGGCACAACGGAUGACUUUUGGUCUCUUCUCGGGCGCAACUACUCAAAGAGUUGAGUUCGUUAGGAUGAAAGGUCCUCAAGGCAAAGGUCACGCGGAAAUGGCAGUGACAAAACCAAAAGGUUCGGGAGCUGAGACACCAACAUCAGAGCCAGGCUACUGCGUGACUGACGCAUUAUGGGAUGCCGAAUGGGACGACGCGGAGGAACUGUUCCUUUAUCGACAUCAGCGUCGACUCUCCGAUCCAAGUGCCAACUUGAACAACUUUGUGCGCGGUGGUUGGCGUACCAAACCCGACAGUGCGGCUGCCAAGGCGCGCUCGGAAAACGAGGGACUUGACUCGAUGGCCAAUGGCUUAAACGAGAUCGAGGCUGGAGAUGUGCGAGAUGGUGACGACGAAGCUGAGGAUGAGACAACGAGGACGACAACAACAAAGACGAAUGGAUGUCGUCCACGCGUACAUUGCAGAUCCGCCCAGUCGUCACCGGCAGUCACGCGAAGGAGUAUGAAACAGGCAAGGAUGUUGAGUACAGCGAGAUCACCCCUCAUGGGUCGCUCGGUUACUCGCAGGAACCGUGCACCGAGGGAAACUAUUAGCCAUUCUCGCGGUCUGAAAAGUCAAAGCUCGUCGGACGAAAACAAUCACAUGGCGGAUCAAGUAAUCCAAUCGAUCGAGGUCGGCAGUGAAAUUCUCGUGGCAAGUGGUGCCUCACCAACGGACGACAACGUGCGUCAAAAACUCGACUCCGGUGCUAUUCUCGUCGACGGCACCGAGGAGCUUCCAUGCUGUGAAAAUAAUGAGCCACAGACGCAUUCCCAUCAUCUGCGUGAGCGUCGUCGUCGAAGAUCGCGCAGUUUGAUUGACAGUAAAACACCGAGCGAUGAGGAUGUGUUUGGAGACAAUGAGAACGAACCCGACAAAGAUGACAACGCCAACGACAACGCCAAAUUGACAUCUCGAGCCGAAAGAUGCGCCACCCUGCCAAGAAGGAGGAGACGCAGAGCACAUUCGGGUUGCUUCACUGGGAAUCCGUUGCCGCCUCAUAGAGUCACCCCCGAUGGCACUGCUAUCUACUACUGGUGCGAGAUGCCCAGGCGGCCCGGCUCUCAGGAGCUGGACGACGGGGCCUAUAACCCGCUGUGGACUAUGCGGGGAUUCACUCAAACCUUUCACUUCUGGAAAGAAAAUAAAAGAGCUCAGUCCGUCCCCCUCAACGCAUUUCUUACCUAUAUUACCUUACCCUGGUGGAGUAUUGCCAAAGAUAUUUUAGAUAAUCGAGAAGGACCCAUACUAACAUUUUAGCCGGCGUCAUGAUAAAUGAGGUAUCAACAUUCCUCUCUCUUCAUUUACAAUUACGCGCAUAGCAGCUCAAUCGCUGCGGCCAAGACUCUAAGUGUGUA